UGGCGGAAAUGUCGAACAGUUGUGAAUUAUUGCUCUGGGAAAUACCGCUUUUUGACCCGCUUUACAUUCUUCAAAAAUAAAUCGUAUGUAAGAAUUGAAAAUAAGACUAAUCGUAAAAGCAGGAGUGCAAACUCUUUUCUGAAAACUGCUGAAGAUACCCGGCCAAAAUGAGGGAGUUCAAGGUGGUGAUCCUCGGAAGUGGAGGCGUGGGCAAGAGUGCCCUUACCGUGAAGUUCGUAUCGGGGACGUUCGUGGAAAAAUACGACCCAACGAUAGAAGAUUUUUAUAGGAAGGAAAUUGAAGUGGAUAAUGCACCAAGUGUUUUAGAAAUUCUAGACACGGCAGGUACUGAACAAUUUGCGUCAAUGCGUGACUUGUACAUAAAAAAUGGCCAAGGUUUUGUCAUAGUGUAUUCCAUAACAAGCUUACAGACUUUCCAGGACAUAAAAACCAUGAAGGACCAAAUCGUGCGAGUGAAAGGCAUAGAGAAAGUGCCAGUGGUUUUAGUGGGGAAUAAGUCAGACUUGGACCAACAGAGGGAGGUGUCGACAGAGGAGGGCUUGUCACUUGCACAUUUGUGGGGGUGUCCAUUCGUGGAAGCAUCGGCGAAAAAUACGCAAAACGUAAAUGAAGUAUUUAUAGAAAUUGUGCGAGAAAUGAACUAUUCGCCGUCAAAAAAUAAAAAUGGAUGCUGUGUGAUACUCUAACUAGGGGCCAAUAGAUGGAGCAAAUGUACCACACCGAUCAUGCUAAAACCGUCUCGGACAAUCACCAAGUGUCACUGGCAUUGAGUUUUUGCCAUGUGUUAUGUGAUCUUUGCAAUACGAGUAGGCCUAUGGAUGGAGAUGUAGUGUUCGACGGAAAGAUCAUGUUUAAACCGUCUAAGAUGUCAGACAAUCGUUAGGCUACUUGCAUUGAGCUGUCCAAUUCUUUGCCAUGCGUCGUUUGAUCUUAGCAAUACAAGUCGGCCAAUAGAUGGAGCUAGUGUACUCAUGGACAGAUCGUGCUUGAGCCAUCUGGGAUGUAUCGGACAGACACCAAGUGUCACAUUCAUUGAGCUGUCUAAUGGAAUCAUAGCUAUCUUUACAACACGAGGGGGCCUGUAGCAGAGUUUGUUUACUAUGGACAGUCGUGCAACCAGUCUCAGAUGUGUCAGACUAUCGCUGACAUCACAUGCAUGAAGCUGUCCAAUAGAAUCCUUUGCCGUGUCAUGUGAUCUUUGCAAUAAGAGAUGACGCUAGUCGGCACAAAUUUUAAAAUUUGUUUGACUGUCAGCCAAUCACCAAAGGUCUUCUGCAUUGGGUUGUCCUAUGGAAAUCCUUUGUAAUGCAUCAUGUGAUCUCAGCAAUACGAAAAGCUUGACUGUACUUCCAUGAAUGUCCCAUGGAGACGACUAUACACCCAUAGCUGAAUCCCAGUGAAUGUGACAUUCAAUGUUGUUCCAAAUCAUGCCAGAGUUUUGAAUUCCAAAAAUGAAAAUAAAUCAUUUUUGGGAUUGUGAUUUUAUCCGCAUAAUGUUUUUUUGCUGAAUUAUGCUUGUCCUAUCCAUGGCAUCAGUCUAACCUGUAUCUUGUUUUUCAUCUGGUUUGAUUGUUUACAUUUGAUGAGCCUGUGACAUGUUGAUAAAAAUGACAGUCAUUGCUGUGCAGUGAUUGAGUGGACCAAAUUUGUACCAGUGUAAAGUUGGUGACUUAUUCCCUACAAGAAGCCAACAAUUUUAGUUCAGAGGUUCCAUUGUUUUGUCUUUUUAGUGAUAGAUGGCAGCACUUGCCACUGGUGAUGGGUUGCCCGUUGUUGACACUUUUGUUAUUCCUCGAUAAACUGGUGAUGAUUUCUGAUGUAACGUAAAUGUAAUAGGGAUGAACACUCUUGUGUGCAUUUCUGCAUGCCACGACGAUUGGGUGCCAAUUGGUGGUCAUUUGUGCAAGUAUGCGUUCUUGGACACGACCAUUAGCAAGGUAAGUUGGUACAAUUCUAACCCCUGUACAAUUAUGUAGCCUCUGUUAGCAUUCAUGUGUAUUGUUCUACACUGUAGGGGCUAGGAUUGUACCAGGGCUGGAAUUGUUCGCCUUAUUUUGCAUUAGGAAGUCCCCACCAGUAAUCCUUUAUUGUUAGAAUACCGUUUCAGUAUAUAGUGCCCUUACUUCUCUGCGGUUGCCUAAAUCGUGUGGAUAGCACAAUUUUAAGGCAAUAAGCUGUCCGAACAGCACCCUUCCAUAAUGGUAUGCACCGUUUGUCUGAAAACAGGCACUGGCAAAACUAGGCAUUAUUUUAUUCCAAGUAUUGGUUGCCGCGGUGUCUUCAGUGAUGUUGAAAUGGUUGUCUCCUGGUUUAUUCCAGACAUCAGAAGAGGGUACUGUUAAAAUUCCACCUUGCUAACUGGGGUGAAAUAAAGAGUGUCCCAAAAGCACUUCCAGUUUGAUUGGACGACUUGAGGAUUCCAUGUAUGGGACUGUCCAUAAAGUAUGUACACACUGAAGAGGGGAGGUCCACAGCUGAGAGUACAGGGUGUGUACAGGGGGGAGGGGGCACGAAAAUCCGGGUUUUAUUACGUAAGUACUUUAUGGAUGAUUCCUGAUCCUGAUGUUGUUUCAGGAAGUUGGCUCAGAUCUUUUUCACUGUGUACAAGGGUAGGGUAAUGUACAUGCUGGGAAGAUAUUGUUCUUGUUGUGCGGGGCAUGUGAAUACCACUCGGGCAAGUUUUUGUAUCCUGUUAUACACCAUCAUCAGCAAAAUGUACACUUGUCCACUCUCAAUGAUAAGGGAAGUAGCCAUUGGACUGUUCUUCCUGCCUGGACAGCACUGUUUUUUUUGGGACACCCUGUACAAUGUAGACUUAAAAUGCUUGAUAUUUGGCCGUUAUAUGUCUUCCAGAGUUUAUAUGUUUGCGUCCAACACUUUCAUAAAAUGGGACCAGAAAUAGAGAACACAGUUCCCUUUUAAGAACAGUGUUUAGAAAUCAAUUGUGUAUCAGAUAGAGAAAUCUGCAGCUAGGCUACUCAAUGAUGACAGUACAAUCGCUAUUUUGCACCUCGUUUUCUGAGUGUAGAAAUGGUGUUCAUUAGAACAUUACUUUUUCGGUGCAUUUCUUCCUCAUUUUGCAUGAUGUUGUGGCAUGAAUCCUUCCUCAUGCAUUUUUUUUAAAAAGAUCAAAGUGGUCAGGUUUACUGGUUUUGUCACCAUUUUGUCAAGUAUUAAAGGAUGAGCUGUAUAAGCAAAUGUGUCCUUAAACACAACAUGCCUAUAUAGUCUGUGCAUUGUGUCCAGGCAUGAAAGUUCUGAAUUUGUUUGGGAGUAGGCUCCCCUGGUAACUUGUCCUUCUUAGCCUUCCUAAUUCCUUGGUGCAGUGUUCAUGGAUCACAAAACUUCCUUGUAUUGUCAAUUGCCAACUUUAUUCCUCUUUACUUUUGUGAUUCAGAAAAUUUCUUUCUUACAAAUUUUAUUUUAGAGGACAACAAAUCUUGUGAGUGUCUUUUUUCCCGAAUCGAAGGUAUUUGCGAAAUCCCGUCGGACACCCUAAUUGGAAAUGUCAAAUGCUGUCGUCAAUUUGAGGUGUCCGGAUAAUACAGGUUAGAAUGAGUUGAGAAGACCAAUUUGGACCAAAGUCAGGGUCAUCAGUAGAGUGGGAGUCCGUCUAAGAGAGGUGUCUACUAAUGGAGGUUCCACUGUAUAAUUGGCCGAUAUCAUUUUCCAAAAAGGUAUUCAUUCUGUGUCCAGCAUAUCUUCCAUUUAGUUCUUUUUGAUUGCCAGAUGGCAGCAUGAUAUAGUCUUUCACAUUCUAGCCAGCAGGUGGCAGUGUCUAACCUUCCCAUGUAGACUCCUAUGCAUAAUGUAUAUUGACCUCUGUACAAUUAUAUUUAUAGAUUAAUAGCUAAUUUUGUAACUAGCAUUAAGCUUGCCUCCGUGGAACAAGUGUCAAUCUAGCCAUGUUUUGACAGCUUCAUAAAAGGAGAAGUGACAUGGUGGUAGGGGGGUGGGGGGGGGGGGGGCUGAUUCGUCACCAGUGAAUCUAUUCAUAAUGUAUUCAUUCCUGCAUAUGUAUUGUGUCCUUUGUUUUAUGCCUCUCAAUCAGCAAAAGCCUGUUGAUAUGUAAAUCCCAAAUGGUACCCGAACACAAGGGUGUUAAUGUUCACUUUUGAGUUCAAAUGAGCAAUUUAUAUUGUAGCUGUCUGCGAUCACUGCUAUGUGUGAUAAAAGAUCUCUUCUGUGCGAGUCAAACCAGUAACUGCUUUAGGUGACCGUGUAAUGACCACCGCGAGAGAGCCAAUAUCACCACAUGCGAUUUAAAUCACAGAUUGCGGCAUUACAAAUGACUUGUUUGCGGGGCACAUUAAGAACAGGAAGACCGUACACUACAUAACUGCCGACCUGGUAUAUAUCUCUGUCCCCUCUUGUGGUAGCCAUGGCUAGAUUGACAGCUUUUUUCAGGGUGAUAUUAUAUUGUAUGUAAAUUAAUGUAAAUAAAAUAUAUUUAGACA